UCAAUAAACGCAGGCAGUACGUAGAACAAAACAAGCUUGCUAGAUCGGCGUGUAAAUGUCGAUGUUAUUUAACUAAUAAAGGAGACUUGUUUUUGUUAGCUACAGCGAACUCAUAGGUAGAGGUUAAGCGUGUUCACAUUUUAUUUUUCUGUUGAACACAGUUGACGAUCUAUUUCAAGAUGGGAGGAGGUGACCUCAACUUGAAGAAGAGCUGGCAUCCCCAGACUAUGAAAAACAUUGAGCGGGUAUGGAAGGCAGAACAGAAACACGAGGCUGAGAGGAAAAAGAUCGAGGAGCUUCAGAAGGAGCUGAAAGAAGAACGAGCUCGAGAAGAUAUAACCAGAUUCGCACAGGAGACUGGAGCUCUAAAGAAAAAAGAUGACCGCUUAGACUGGAUGUACCAGGGGCCAGGUGGUCAAGUGUCCCGUGAUGAGUAUCUCCUGGGACGCCCCAUUGACAAGCAGAUUACCCAACAGUAUGAGGAACCAGAAGCUGGCCCAUCCACCCAGACAGGCCUCCUUCCUGGGUCCAUCUUCAACCCUUCCACACCUGCGUCUACACUUGACGUGGCUGCCAAGAUCAGAGAGGACCCACUGUUUGAAAUUCGGAAGCGAGAGGAGGAGAAGAAAAGGGAGGUAUUAACAAAUCCAGUGAAAAUGAAGAAGAUCAAGGAAAUGCUGCGUCAGAAUCUUGAAAAGAAAGACAAGAAAAAGAAGAGGAAGAAGGACAAGAAGGACAAGAAGGAGGACAAAGAGAGGAGGAAAGAGAAAAAAGACAAGAAGCAUAAGAGAAGGAGCUCAAGUUCUGAGGAAGAAGACAGAAAACACAGGCACCAUUCUUACGAGGAAUCCAAAGAAACAACCCACUCACAUUCCCACCAACGCAGUGUCCCAGCUGGCUAUGGACUGCAGUUUCCAGUUGGUAGGCAUCAUCAUUUUGCAGAGCCUGCCAACCAAUCUAGGCGCCGUUCUCAGGAGAGGAGCCGCUCCCGAUCGGCUGAGAGGACUGACAGAAAUGGCCAUCACAAAUCGGACGACCACUCAUCCCACCGGACAGACACGUUCAGAGUUCCACAGUUCCAGCGCCCCAAGGCCCCCAGCCCACAGAAAGGUCGCUACCAAAGGCGUCAGAGCAGUACCACCAAACGUCUCUCCGAUGAAGAGCUGGAGAAGAAGAGGCGAGAGAUGAUGGAGUUUGCCAAACAGAGAGACGACGAGCGAGAAAACAAUGUUCAGAGAUACAAACAACUGGAUGAGAAGGAGAAGGAGAAAGAGAAAGUUGGCAAGCAUGAUCCCAACGCUGGCUUCAUCCACAAAAUGAAAUUGGAGAGUGCUUCCACUUCUUCUUUGGAGGACCGAGUCAAGAGGAACAUCCACUCCAUACAGAGGACUCCUGCUUCCCUGGAAAGUAAUUUUAUGAGGAGAUGAGAACUGGAAUGGGUGGAUUGAGAAGAGGGUUAAAUCACACCAGCUACCAGAUGGAAAUAUGUGCAAAGGUUGCCAGGUCAGCCAAUGACGUAUAACAUGAACACACUGCAGACUCUGGCGAGGCACUAUACCUCUGCAGUCCAAUGGAUCCAAUGUCCUCUAUAUGGCAGAACCAACUUGAGCCAUUUAACAGCAAGCCAUACUCUUUUUAUGAAACGAACAAUGCUAGAUUUAUUAUAUAUUGUUGGAAAAUAUGUUGUAUUCGCUGUAAAGGUUAGAAUUACAGUAACUACUCAUCAAACACACACACACACAACUCUUUUGUAAAUUGUAUAUCUUAAAUAAAACAAAUAGUUUCUA